CAACGUAAAAGGACGUCCGCGGCGUGUUUGCACGUCCUUUUCACGUGCUAUGAAAUUUUAGUGUCAAUUAUAGUUUUUAUGACAGAAAGUCUAUAUAUUUUGAUACCAAUGUUAUUCUUCUAGUGAUAUUAAAUAAUUACAUGCUUUAAAUAUAUGUGUAAAAUGGCUUCAAUGCUGACAUAAUGCAAGUGUUUACAAAAAGCAAAUUUUGAUUACCUUUACGAAAUUUAAGUGUAUCAAAUAAUUUAUAAGGCAGUAAUGCCAUCAAAUUAGUAGUGCCAUCGAAAAUGUGCCCGAAAACACUUUAAUCUUACGUAAAUACAUUGGUAUAUUCAAAAUAAAAACGCCGGUCGUAAGAAAUAAAAAUGAGUUCCCCUGAAAAGGACAUUGAGUUAAGCCCAGUGAAAAGUGACCCCAAUCCUAGUGGCCCAGCGCUCCCGGAGAAGCUGAAUGUUCCCAUAGAUGACGAGGAAGAUGUGAUCAUCGGACGGUUUAGAAAAAUAAGUUCUGCUAAGUCUAUGGCAGCUACAAACGGCCAGAUACAGUACCCUUCUGAUAUAACAGUGAAGUUAGAUGGUGAUACGGAGUCAGGAUUGCAGUUUAAGAAGGAGCCUGGUGAGAAGGACAAGCUGCUGGAGCCGAACAAUGGUGUGGUGAUGCAGAGGAAGACUCCGGUCACCAAGAGCAGUUUCAGAGAUAUUGAGAAGCCAUCUCGGUUCAGGAAUCAGCAGUCCGCUACCAGGUUUCAGGACUUUCAGUCUGAGGAUGAAGCCACGGAGGACUCCAACGAAUCGGGGAUGGAGAGCGACGAUCCGCUCACGGCGUCUGACACCAAAUAUGGCAAGAGCUUCAGACAUUUCACCCGAGAAGCUUUGCCCAGGCUGGACAACUACAGGAACGUGUUGUCCCUGCACGCGGCGCCUCGACCCACAUUGGAUGAGCUGCACAACGCCUCUCUGUCCAGGAAGCCAGGUCAGACCAUGGAGAAAGACGCCGAGGGCCCGGCGCUGCCCAGCACCAACUUGAAGUUCGGCUGGAUCAAGGGCGUGCUGAUGAGAUGUCUGCUCAACAUUUGGGGCGUGAUGCUUUUCCUCCGACUCUCUUGGGUGGUCGGGCAGGCUGGCGUGGCGCAGUCAAUCCUGCUCAUCAUGACUACGUCAGUGGUGACCACCAUCACGGCGCUCUCCAUGUCUGCGAUCAGCACCAACGGGGUCAUCAAGGGAGGUGGAACGUACUACAUGAUAUCCCGGUCUCUCGGCCCCGAAUUCGGCGGCAGCAUCGGCCUCAUAUUCUCGAUGGCGAACGCUGUCGCUUGCUCUAUGUAUGUCGUCGGCUUUGGCGAGUCGCUCAUAACACUCAUACCAGAGUCCGCCUAUAUGGUCAGCAAGGCCUGGGACCAAACAAUCUACGGCUGCAUCACCAUAGUCCUACUCACGGGCAUUGUAAUGGUGGGGAUGGAGUGGGAGGCGAAAGCCCAAAUAGUGUUGCUGUUCAUACUCCUAGCCGCCAUAGCCAAUUUUCUAAUAGGGUCCAUUGUAGGCCCGAAAAGCGAUGUCGAGAUUGCGCAGGGAUUUGUUGGAUACAACAUGACGGUUUUGAAAAACAACAUGGGACCCGACUACAAGUUCUACGAGGGCGUGGACCAUUCAUUCUUCUCAGUGUUCUCGAUAUUCUUUCCUGCGGCUACAGGGAUUCUAGCUGGUGCUAAUAUUUCUGGGGAUCUUAAGGACCCACAAAAGUCAAUCCCAAAAGGUACUAUCCUGGCCAUUCUACUAACUACCCUAUCAUACCUGUUAAUUGCCGUGAUAGUGGGUUGGACUGUGCUACGGGAAGCCACAGGGGCGGUGGAAGAUGUGGCCAAUUGGACUAUGGGGGCCUGCGCUAACAGGACCUGCGAGUACGGACUGCAUCAUAGUAAUGAUGUGAUACGUCUGGUGUCUGGUUUUGGACCUCUGAUAUACGCCGGAUGCUUCGCGGCCACUCUAUCUUCCGCGCUAGCUUCUCUCGUGUCCGCUCCCAAAGUAUUCCAGGCGUUGUGUCAAGACAAGCUGUACCCGUACUUGGAGUUCUUCGCAAAGGGCUACGGCAAGAACAACGAGCCGGUGCGAGGAUACGUGCUCACCUUUCUUAUCGCUUUCGCAUUCAUUCUAAUGGGUGGUUUGAAUCAGAUCGCACCACUGAUUUCAAACUUCUUCCUUGCGGCGUAUACGUUGAUCAACUUCUCAACAUUCCAUGCUAGUCUCGCCAGACCCGUCGGGUGGAGGCCUACUUUUAGAUUGUACAACAUGUGGCUGUCUCUGGUCGGCGCGGUGCUGUGCCUGGCGAUCAUGUUCGUCAUCUCGUGGAUCACGGCGCUCGUGACGUUCGCGUGCCUGCUCGCGCUCUACCUGCUCGUGUCCUACAGGAAGCCAGAUGUGAACUGGGGCUCAACGACGCAAGCGCAGACGUACAAGGCGGCAUUGUCAGGCGCGCACCAGCUCAACCGCGUCACUGAACACGUUAAGAACUACAGGCCCCAAAUACUGGUGCUGACUGGAUUUCCGGGCGAGAGACCCAUCCUGACCGACUUCACGUACCUCCUGACUAAAGGCCUAUCGCUGAUGCUUUGCGGUCACAUUGUACCAAAUCAAGUGAGCCACCGCGCUCGCGAGGCUCUCUCAAACCGCGCCUACCAUUGGUUCAGCAAGCGGAAGAUCAAAGCCUUCUACAGUUUGGUCGAUGACGUCAGCUUCAAAGAUGGCGCCAGCGCGCUUAUACAGACGAGUGGCCUUGGUAAACUGAAGCCAAACAUCCUGAUGAUGGGUUUCAAGGAAAACUGGCUGGACUGCGACCGGUCCGAAAUAGUCGACUACGUGGAAGUUAUGCACAAAGCAUUGGACGUGCACAUGGCGAUAGCUAUCCUGCGUGUUGAGGGCGGGCAGUACACGAGCGAGGCACUCGAUGACGACCUACAAGCCUAUCUACAGGACAUGAACGCUAAGGACCUAACUACACUGACGCGAUCGAUGGGAGACAACUGUAAGGAAUCCAAGUCUACUGAGAGUUUGAACACGCACUCGAGAGGUAGUAGCAUGUCCGACGUGUCGCUCGGUUCCCCACAGCUGCGGCGAGCCGCCGUGUCAGCCGACCCUAAUGCCGCCGCCAACAAACCCGCUACCAACGGACAGAAGGAGAGGCCCGGCGGCGGUGGUGGGGGUGGUGGCGGUGUAGCCGGAGCGGUGCGGCGCGCGCUCGGCGGCGGCGCGGCGGCGCGGCGCGCGUCGUCCUUCACCUCGGUGGAGCACUUCACGCGGCGCCAGGCCGGCUCCGUCGACGUGUGGUGGCUCUACGACGACGGAGGUUUAACCCUCCUUCUGCCGUACAUCUUGUCGACGCGGCGCGCCUGGUCGUCGUGCCCGCUGCGUGUAUUCACGCUCGCCAAUAAAAACACCGAAAUGGAACUAGAGGAGAGGAACAUGGCGUCCCUCUUAUCGAAGUUUCGCAUAGACUACUCCGCCCUGAAGAUGGUCUCUGACAUUACCAAAAAACCCAAAGACUCCACUUUGACGUAUUUCGAACGACUCAUCGCACCGUUCCGUACUACGGACGACUCUAAUGAUGCUCUGGGCAUUACCGACGCGGACCUACUGGCGGCUCGCGAGCGAACCCAUCGCCAUCUACGUCUACGAGAGCUCAUCUCAACACAAUCCUGUGGAGCUCGCCUCGUCUGUGUAACACUACCCAUGCCUAGGAGAAGGAACGUCAUACCACCUGCUUUGUACCUGGCUUGGCUACAUGCUAUAGCGACGUCUGUGGACAGAGUCCUGUUGCUGAGAGGAAACCACUCUGCUGUGCUGACGUUUUACUCUUAAAUUGGACCAUGUGUCAAUAUUAAGGUCAGUUUUACAUCAACUAUUGUCUCUUUCGAAAUAUCUCAACACAAUCCUGUGGUGCUCGCCUCGUCUGUGUAACACUACCCAUGCCUAGGAGAAGGAACGUCAUACCACCUGCUUUGUACCUGGCUUGGCUACAUGCUAUAGCGACAUCCGUGGACAGAGUACUGUUGCUGAGAGGAAACCACUCCGCUGUGCUGACGUUUUACUCUUAAAUUGAACCGUGUGUCAAUAGUGUUAAGGUCAGUUUUACAUCAACUAUUGUCUCUUUCUAAAUAUCUC